AUGUUCAACAAUUGUAACCCAGCCGUCUGGCACGUCCCCGUUUGCAGCGGUCCAGCGCCCACCGACUUUGCGUCAGAAAUAUGGGGCACUGCACAGCCCGACCCCAAUCCACAUACGGUCACGAGGAAAUACCUGAUUCGCGGAGGGACAAACAGCGUGGCGUGUAAUCGAGGGAAUAAUGAAGAAGAAAACCCAGACUGCGUGGAGACUUGCGCGUCCAGUAUUCGAGUAGGACUGUUUAAGAACCCUGGUGUAGAGCAAGAUGGGCGCGACGCCGUGCGGAUGCCGAGUUUCGGAAAGAUGCAAGAUGAGCCGGCUCCAAGAUGCGGAUACAGGCAGACACGUUAA